GAUAUUUUCUUUUAUAUAUUGACAAGAUAUUGUCCUGCUGAAGACUGGAGAUGGAAGCCUUGGGGUUCGUUUUCCUCCUGGUUUGUGCCUGCUUUGUUUUUCAAGCUGAUGGACGCAAAACAUACGCUGACAUGUUCCCCCACAAGCAUGCAAUGGCAGGGAAGUCGCCAUUUCCAAUUCCACCAAUCCCUGGCUGGGAUCCUGACACCAACCCAUGGGACGAUUACCUCUACCCUCCACUAAACCCAAAGCCAAAAGAGCUCACGCACCACAAAGGUAAACCCAACGUUCGUCUGACCAGCGACAGUCCGGCUCUCAACGGUUCUUGCAUCUCGUUCACCGCGAAGCUGGAGUACCCACCAUGCCAGAAGGAGGAUGCCAAUGGGGUUAUUGUAUGGGAUGAGCACUGUGAGGAUGCCAAUGGACAGGUGCGUUCUGGCUACGUGUACAACUGGACUUCCUGGUUGGAUGACUAUGGCUUUGGAAAGUGUACAGACGUGAUGAAAUGCAAUGUGUUCCCCGAUGGAAAGCCCUUCUCUCAGAGCAACGACUGGAGCCGCAAGAGCUACGUCUAUGUGUGGCACGCAAUGGGCCAGUACUACGAGACAUGUGACGGCUCCUCUUCCACUUUGACCAUCAACACCACCAACAUCCCUCUGGGGGCAGAGGUCAUAGAGGUCAUGGUUUACAGGAAACGUGAGCGCAGGAAGUACAGCCCCCUCACCACUGACAACACCAUCUUCUACGUCACAGAUAAGAUCCCAGUGGCAGUCGACAUCUCCCAGAAGGCUGCGAUCAAUCAGUCUGAGAAUGUUUUCUUUCGUGAUGAGGACGUAGUCUUCAAAGUCCAGCUUCAUGACCCCAGCGGCUACCUCAAAACCGCAGCAGCCAUCGACUACAUCUGGGACUUCAGAGAUGGCAACCAGCUGGUGACACACCGCAACGUGACCACACACACCUACAGCGCGCUUGGGAGCAUGAGUGUGAAGCUGGUGGUGGAGGCAGCGUUCCCUGUGGAGUGUCCGCCCACCUCUGCCACCCCGAUUCAGAGGAGCUCCACGGCAUCACUUUCCACAGAGGCUCACACACCUCCGCCCGGUACUCAUGCUGGGACUGUCAAGACGGAGACCACCCAGGUGCCACCCAGCACCAGCACCAGCCAGCCCUUUUCCUCCUCCUCCUCCUCCUCCUCCUCCUCCUCCUCCUCCUCCUCUCCCAUUGCCAUGACAACAGGCAUGCCCACCACGGAGCCCCUCCCCCCUACUGUUGCCAAUGUAACCCCAGAAUCCAACCCCACUGCCCUGGCCUGGCUCCGCAACAGGCGCCUCAACAGCAACAUGUGCUACCGCUACGCCUAUGGGACCUUCAUGGGCAACAUCACCAUAAUUGAGCCCAAGCACGCACUCAACAGCCGGCCAAACAGUCGCAUCGUGGACGUGUCAGCUGCCAGAGUGACCAACACUGACAUCAGCUUCCUGGUGAAAUGUCUGGGCAAUAUCCCCACUUCAGCCUGCACCAUCAUGUCAGACCCCACCUGUACUCAGGUGCUCAGCAUCAUGUGCGAUGACGUGCCGCCAUCGCCUGAGUGUGAAGUGCAUCUCGUGCGAUCGUUUCCGGAGCCUGGAACCUACUGUGUCAACAUCACCCUGGAGGACUCCAGGAGCCUGACCAGCACCACUGUCACCAUCAACAAGUCCCAGGAUGCACCUGCGUCCAAGACUUCACACCCUGCAGAGGUGGUGCUCUCUUCGACUGCUGUGCUGGUGGCUGUCUUUGCAUUCAUCGCAUAUCUGGUCUGCAAGCGUCACAAGGUGUACCGUCCCAUUCGUAGGUCACUGGUGGAGGACGCCAGCGGCCAUGCCGGGGUCGGAGGUCGCAUGGUCCGUUUAAGGGAGGCACUCUUCCCUUCCAGUGAGGAGAGCCAUCACCUGCUGACUGAGAGACACCCCCUGUAGGCUCUAUAGAGCUGCACCAAAGCAUUUCAGCUUUUGAUGCCAAAAGCACUGAAGGAAAAAUCACAAUUGAAAUGUGCAAAUGUAAGCAAAAGUUGAAUCAUUAAAAAGUCAAGAUAGCAGGAAUACACUAUGUCUGUAGAGAAAUAAAUAAAUAAUAAUGUGUCUUAAUUUAGUUGUUAAAGUGUCGGCUACAGCUACAGCAACAGCAACAGCAGUGUAAGAUUGGAAGGACUGAAUAAGCUGUUAAAUGUCCGACUGAGUCACUGCUCCUUUUCAUUUCCUUGUUCUGGUUCAUCAUUGGAUGAAAUAGUUGCUAGGAGAUGAAGUGGAUAUGCAAGUACUGUCAAGGAAUGGACAUUUUCUGAUCAAAAUAAUCACUUUUGUGCAUACUUUGUGCCAUGUGCUGCUUUACAGUACUGCGCCUUAUAAUGUAAUAUAAUCAACAGUUACAUAUUAAAUCCUUGAGAUGGUUUUACAAUAUAAAAUGUAAACUACUAGUGACACGUGCAUGUUCUUCCUCCGUCGAGUGAACUGAAAUUAAGAUUAAACUGUAAGACGUAAGAACUAAUUCAUGGAAUUCACUGGAAACUUGAGGACUGAGGACUCUAAUAAAGGUUGUGAA